UCUCGCUCAAAUGUCCGCAGCUCAGCAAGAUUUUUUUCGCCGUCUCGAUUGUAUUACCCAUACACUCACGGAACUAACAGGACAGGCAUCUACUGUCUCAGUCACAACUCAAGCUCCCGCUUCCGGCAACAGUUUCACUUCCGCUUCCGCCGUCACUCCAGAAAACUUCCGCCUUCAACCGGAACCAUUCAGCGGUGACGUCACGGCCUGCGGAGGGUUUCUCCUACAAUGCCAGCUCAUAUUCCAGCAGGCGCCCAGACACUACCAAACGGAUCAAAGCAGAAUUGCUUUAAUUGUGAAUUCUCUCAGAAACAAAGCACUCCAGUGGGCCCAAGCUUUUUUGGCUGCUCAUCCAAUCUCUCAUCUUCCCUUCGACCGGUUCAUAGAAGAGUUCCGUCUAGUAUUUGACCAGCCUCGUAAGCAGGAGGAAGCCACCCGACGGUUGCUCAAUCUAAAACAAGGCAACCGUUCGAGCUUGUCUCCGCAGCCCUCAGAUCUGAUAUCCGGGUACGAGAACGUCACGCUGAACGGAGCAUUAGACCUCCGGGCCUUUUUCAAAACCCUGUUUCAUCCAACCAUGUGGUCCCGCUACCUGCUCACGAGCCAUCAGCUACCGCACCAGACGAACCAAUGCAAGAACCGUCUUCAUCACAAGGGAACCUCGGGUCGCCGUCCUCUGCUCUCGCUCCUCAUCCUUCUCCUCGGACUCAGCCGAAGUCACGCUCUCUGGUUCAUCCUGCCACAAACCUCCAGUCAGCCGCCACGCCGCAUCAAGAAUCUAGUUCUAUACUCACCUCCUGUGAAUUAAACCACCUUAACUUAC